ACAUUAAUUGCAGGCUCAUCUCAGCCAGUUCUUCUUCUUCCUUUGAGAGAAGAGAAACAGAGAAAGGGUAUAAUGGCGGCAUUAACAGCAGCACUGAUAUCAAUUGCAGGGUUAGUUCUUGGAUGGAUCGCCAUUGAGAUGGCGUGCAAACCCUGCCUCGAGAAGGGUCGUGAAGCAAUUGAUCGGAGUCUCAAUCCCGAUUACGAUCCCGACGAAGAAGACAACAACAACAUCCGCGCCCCUCUCAAUCCCAAUCCCAAUCCUCAACCGGCAGAUGAAGAUCCUGAUGGAUCCAGCGUUAUCAAACCCAUCUGAUCUUCCCCAAACGGUGAUCUAUCAUUAAUUCUUCUUCUCAACUCAUUCGUCUUUUCCUUCCUUGUAUCCUUUUUCCUGCCCUUUCAUUGUUUUGCUUCACUGGAUCUUGAUUUCUAUAAUAUUUCUUGAUUUCGUUUA